UAUGAAUUUUUUCUUGAAGAGUACUUCCGAUUAGUCAGCGUAAAGCGGUCCGUGUUAGUCAUUCUGGUCUGCAGUUUUGUCUGGCGCACUUCUGCUGCAGCCAACUUCAUCGAAUGACGAAGUGAUAUCGAUAUUUUAAUUUGCUUUCCUUUCCGAUUUUGUCAUUCAGAACCAAAAGGGCCUAACUAUGCCGGUUGUACACGGUAGUGGCGUGGCAUUUAAGCAAACUUUAAGCUCUGCCGUAGAAGAUGCUGUUGUCAGCAGCUGUGUUGUCGUUUGAUGCAAGCAGAGCGGCGCAGUAGUUGCUUUCGCUUUCAUUUAUAAACCGGUUACGACGAUGGAUAGCAGAUAUAUAAUUUUCCAAAGCAGCGCCGGGUAUACUGUAUAGUGUAUACUACCGUCACCACUCAUGAAUUCCGUCUAAUUUUUGCUAGACGACCUGAUGCCGCAGGACUGAAAUGAAACAUUAAGCAGACCGAUCGCGAGUGUGUACUGUGUGCAUUCUAUUCUGUUCCUAGAUCCAGCGUGAUCAGCCUGCGCGCUUCGCGAAGGCAAAUCUGUUCGUGACACGGGGGAAAAGCCGAGUACGCAAAUCGUUUUAUCGUGUGGAAAGUCGGAUUUUUGUUAUUGAGCAAUUUUGUCAGGAACGAACCGGAAUGACCUAGUUGUCUGUGAUUCCUUUGAAAGGACGUCAGCUACAUAUCAGCACAUUUUGUUUUGGCAAGGAAGAACCAUUUAACUACAUAUUUGAUCUCCGUCUUUAUCGCUGCAUUUCACAUCGUUUUCCAAGCCCCAGCGAUAACCAUUAUUAUGUCCACCUUCAGUAUCCAUCACGUUGGUGAUGUGCAAGUUCGAGAGAACUUCAUAACCGAUCUAAACCAGUCGCGCUGGGAUAACGAAUCGCUCGAUCCGUAUUGUUCGGAAUUUGUCGAUUUGGCCAAAACAUUUGAGAAGCCCGUAGCUGAUCUGGGCAUUGGCAAUGGCUUCACAACGAAAAAGUUGCUGGAGACAGGCGCGCAUGUGAUUGCCAAUGAUUUGAAACCUGAACGCGUGGAUCAACUGUAUCGAUCGGUGUCGGCACAGGAGCGCGAAAAGCUGACCUUGAAGCCCGGGGAUGCCCUGCAGCUGGUAAUAGGCACCGGCUCACUGGAUGGCAUACUGGCCACCCGGUGGAUCAAUGUGCUACGGCCCUACGAGUGCCGGCUAUUGAUGAAUGAUUUCUACCGGUGGUUGGCGCCCGGCGGAAUUAUGUGCAUUACGGCACAUACUCCCUACUCCAACACCACCAAAGAAGCGGUCGACACAUACCAUCACCGGAAGUACAUUGGCGAUGAAUGGCCGGGAGUUGUGACAGAGGAUAUGUUUGUUGAUGCACGCCGAGGUCGGCUGUGGGCCAACGACUGGAUUUACGGCUACGACCCUGACAUUCUGGCCCGUGAAGCCAUCUUAGCCGGUUUUAAGGUAAAGCGUUGCUCCUUCUAUGGGACACCCUACAUGAACUCGGAGGAAGAUUUGGAUGAGGCCUGUAAUCUCGUGGGAAUCAUUGCGAAGAAGUAGAAGGGUUGAUGGCGGGAGAAUUCGGGACGUCGUGUGUUAAAAGAAAAAAUGGCUGUAACUAAUUCGUAAGGUUUGCUGUGGAUUUCAUCACUGCCCGCUCGUAUGCCGCAUUCAACCCCACAGCUACAUAAGCGUGAUGCUGGUCUUGUUGCAUUUUACGUGUGGUGUAAGAACAUAAAUUAAAUGUAUAAAUAUUAUCUGAGUUGCACUUUUUUUAUUUUGUUCUCUUUUCCGUUGAAUGCAUCUCUUUCUCUUCCGCUCUACACACAUACUGUAAUCAUUUGCUACAUUCAUUGUUGCGUAAAUCAGUGGUAUAAUUUUUUGGUCAGAAUUUCUCGCGCGCGAAUCUUUUCCGUUUCUACUGCGCACAUUGUUGUGGUCAGUGGAGACCUCUCAGUAUCCAUGUUUGGCUUCUUUACUUUACUUUCUGCUAAGUGUGCGGGAAUUCGAAUGAAUCGUGCAAUUACGAA